CUCAACGCCUACUACUUUGCUUUCGUCGUGGCGUAAAUUUGAAACGUCCCAUUUUACGUUCCCUUUUCAUGUGCCUUUCUUUCUUUUCUGCAUAACUACAUAAUCAUGGCUGCUCGCAUUCAACGUAGUCUCGUGCUCGCUCCAACCAUAAUUCAGCAAGGUCCAUUAAUUGCGGCUAUGCGGAGGAUGGGCGUGGACUUCGGAACUUGCAAGCCGUUCCCACGACUUGAAGGGAGCGCCAUCACCCUGGAUCGCUUGAACAAUGCCCUUCCGCCAUCUACACGACUUGGGAUCGUCGUCUAUGAUGAUAUCCAAACGGCUACCAUCCUCUAUCGAAAUACUCAGCAUGGCGGCCCUGGUAGCGUUGGAAAAUGGUCGGCCUACAAGGUUGCAGACAACGGCCUUGUAUCUGUCGAUGUUGCUUCAGCACUCCUGCCGGAACGCUUCUUCAGCCAAGUUGUUGUGACCAUGAAAACCGCCGCCGGUGACAGCGUCGAUCCGGCAUCCGUGGAGGAGAUGCUGGCUCGCUUGGCCAAUCGCUUGCCUUCCAGGUGCCAUGUUCAGCCUGGAUGGGCGCACCAACCUUGUCUGGAACUCCAGCUUGCGCUUGCCCGAGCAAGCCAAGACGUUUGUGUACGCUCGCAUUGACGACCUGGGUCGGCAGGCGUUCUACGUUGCCGGCACUUCCCUGUUCGGUGACGUCCGCGUGCUGUCCGUCCCCCAAGAGGACAUCGAACCCCUUGUCAGCAUCAGACGUGGCGGUGGCUUCACGCGGUGGCUUCCCGGCCUCGCUAUUGUUGACACAUCCGCAAGUACCGCAGUCAUGCCCCACGUUGCUGACGUCGCCAACCUCGCCAGCGCUGUAUCGCAGUCCCGCCACGCUUUCGUGCCUACCAUUAACGUCCGGUAUCGCGUAAUGCCAAACGCCGAUACCUACUACCGAAUGGUCUGUGAACGGGUAUCUUCUGAACCGACCAAGUCGCUACCGCGGGGCAUUCCCGUUCCUUCUAUGGAUCCGCAAACCAGGCGAGACUACCCGCCGGCGGCACAACCUGAACCGCACAGAACGACGCUUGCUGAAAGGCCCACACGAGACCAACUGGAAGCAACCGUCCCUCUGCUGCACCUCACGCAGCCGCUUCUCAACAACAUAAUAACGUCUGCUCGUGAGGCAAUCGUCGAGAACGACGCACGGCAGGCCACCAUCUUCGACGCUCGGUCUCGCAAGGAGUGGAGCGCAUUGUGCGCCGCCCGCAGACGGCCAUUGCCGCCUGUCCUUGCGACCGUGCGAUACAACGGUCGCCAGCUUCCUGAUGUCCUCUUACCGAUGAACGCCCUGGGCGUUGCGCUAUCCAUGACAACAUCCGCCGGCAGACGCGUUUGCUGGUCCCAGGACGAGAUAGCGGGUUGGAGCCCUGGCGGUGCGCACGUUGACGCCUGGCUAGGCGGCUGCUUGGAGCCGGGUAUGAUUCUCGAAACGCUGUGCUUCCCCAGCUCCUCGCCGACCAUGCCGUUGAGCCUCGGCUGGACUGGAACUGCUUAUGGACCAGCGCCAAGCCGCCCGACACGUCGCAACUACAACUCACUGACACGCCACCGCCGCCUGGCUGGAACGGUCGAGGCUAUCCGUCCGAGGCACCCGGUGCUUGGUAUCCGUAGAGUUACAAGUGCCACUCGAUUGUCUCGCAUAAUUUGGCACGUCGCUUUGGUUGGUUCACGUGAUUGGUUGGUGCACGUUGGUAUGCCGUCGGGGAUAUGCCGUAUGGAGGUAGGCGCGAAAAGGGUAGAGAAGAAAAAUGCUAGGAGAGAGAACAACGGACGCAGGAGGAGUGGAGACAAAUAGAAGAGGGCCGGGAAAUAAGGAAAGGAAACACCUGCAAAUGGAAGAGCAUGGUUUGGGAGGGGGGGCUACAAGUUGGUUCAUGCUAUUCAGGGCGAGCAGGGUGUCAUACCCAUGCCGUAAAAUAUGGAAGACUGAACGCCUCUUGGCAACAUGCCGUUUUCGAAAGGCCUCUUGGCAACAAAUAGUGAACGGCAGCGUAUACUGUACGGAUGUGUGUCAUGUUUUUUUGAGAUGGCGCCUGACAUGCAUGAAUGAUGCUUUGAACGGUUAACCGCCUGCAUUUCUACGCCAUCCGGUCCAAUGCAUACGCUAUCUGCACAUUUCUUAUAUAGUAACCAUCGAACUGCGAGUGGCUCAUUUGAUCGAUUAUGGUUCAGUUGACAAUACUGCGCGAGGGAGGUGAAGAGGGCCGUCCAAAACCGCGCCCUAACCCAUGCCGUACAGUACACCCAUGUGAGACGAUGCUACUCAGAUGCCGCCAGAGCGAUCUUAGCGAUCGUUCGAAUAACGAAGGAGCGGCACGGGGCAUGGGGAACUUGAAGGGAGGUGGGAGCCCAUUCAUUUGGUCAGUCGCAACAGCGUAGUGUCCGAGGCUCAUUGUUCUCAUGUCGGACGCCUUGGCUUCAGUUUGCACUGCCGGUGCAUAUUGCUUGUCACUGCAAUUAACACAACGGGUAACAACAUACCACUUACAGCAUAACCAACACCAUUACACGGUACUAACAAUCAAAAAUUCAUACUUUCGCUAUACUUCUACAUUGUCU